AAGAAGGCAGCCAUUUUAUUACUUGCUUGCUGGAGAGGAGGGAGAAGCUGUGGCUUUUCCUCCAGCAAAGCUUUAUUGUAUUUUUAUCGACUUAUUUUUACUAGAUCACAGUUUUCACUACGUACAAAUCUGUAUACGUUGUUAGUGUAAGUUUAGGGAGAUUUAUGUGUUGAGAUUGAGAAGAAAUGGACGAUCCAAAUCGGAUGAUGGCGCAUAGCGGCGGACUGAUGGGACCGCAGGGCUACGGCUUAGCCGGUGGCGAAGCCGCGCCCGCCUCGGGUGAGGGCGAAGCUCGUAAGCAAGACAUCGGGGAGAUCUUGCAACAAAUCAUGAACAUCACCGAUCAGAGUUUGGACGAGGCGCAGGCUAGAAAACAUACGCUCAAUUGUCAUAGAAUGAAGCCUGCCCUAUUUUCAGUGUUGUGUGAAAUUAAAGAGAAGACAGGUAUGCUCGACGCCUACGUUCUGUCCCUGCGCAAUACGCAAGAGGAGGAGCCCCCAGACCCGCAGCUGAUGCGGCUGGACAACAUGCUGAUCGCGGAAGGAGUCGCGGGCCCCGAGAAGGGCGGUGGGGCGGGUGCGGCAGCCUCGGCCUCCGCUGCGGCUGGCGAGUGGGAUAACGCGAUCGAGCACUCGGACUACCGCGCCAAGCUGGCGCAGAUCCGGCAGAUAUACCACCAGGAGUUGGACAAGUACGAGAAUGCCUGCAACGAGUUCACCACCCACGUCAUGAACCUGCUCCGCGAACAGAGCCGCACCAGGCCCAUCACACCUAAGGAGAUAGAGCGCAUGGUGCAGAUAAUCCACAAGAAGUUCAGCUCCAUCCAAAUGCAGCUGAAACAGUCCACCUGCGAGGCCGUCAUGAUCCUGCGCUCACGUUUCCUCGACGCGCGCCGAAAGCGUCGCAACUUCAGCAAGCAGGCUUCGGAGAUACUCAACGAGUAUUUCUACUCGCACCUGUCGAACCCGUACCCGAGUGAAGAGGCGAAAGAGGAGUUGGCCCGUAAAUGCGGCAUUACUGUCUCGCAGGUGUCUAACUGGUUCGGUAACAAGCGGAUCCGCUACAAGAAGAACAUCGGCAAGGCGCAAGAGGAGGCGAACCUGUACGCCGCCAAGAAGGCAGCCGACUUGCCAUGGAUUGGCGCGUGCAGGCGCGAGGCUAGCUCCCCGCCAGCGAGAGCCUCGGCAUAUUACACUGCAGGCGCGUCCCCGUACUCGAUGGGCGCCGCGUCGGGCACGGCCACGCCCAUGAUGUCCCCGGCGCCCACGCAGGACUCCAUGGGCUACUCGCUGCCCGCCCCGCCCUACGACCAGCCGCAGCCGGGCUACGACGGCUCCAUGGGCUACGAUCCUAUGCACCAGGACCUCUCGCCGUAGGCUCCGCCGAUACCCCGGCCUUGAGGUGACGGGUCAACACAUAAUUGUGCAGCUUCCACUGAAUUGCCAUUUUACAUUACAUACUAUAUUUAAGUAGCUGAGGAACUCCUAUCAUCGUGACGUCACGCGGCCGCGGGCGCCCGACUUUGCCUUAGGACAUAGGACAUGUAUACUAUACUACACACUAAACAUAUUUUAGCGUAUUUUUGGAAGAACAUGUAAUUGAGAUAAAUAAUUUCUUCACGUAUUACUACCGAACUGACUGUACCCAGUAUUUGUUUUUAAUAUUUUACUUUUGUUUUUAAUCGAAUCAAAUUGUCAAUGCGGCAGCUGUUUAAAGUAUUAUUUUUGACCAGUGGAUAUUUGGAUAAUUUUAUAAUUUGGAAGUAUAAUUUGGCAGUAUUAUAGUAAUGAUAAAGCAUCACAUGUUUGGCAGGAUCUCGUUGUAACGUUCACUACCUAUUCGUCUUACCCUGCGGUGGAUAUAAAUAAAUAUACGAUAGUUGUAAGCUAAUCUAGUGUAAUAUUUAAAUGUAAGUAUUCAGAUAUUUUGCGCUGACUAGUAUCUAGACGGGCGCGGCCGGGCGGGCGCGGGACCCGGCGAUGUGGCACUUCAUGUAUACGUCUAGUUAUAAAAUGUACUUAUUUAUUAUAAAUAUUCUUAUUCUCAAAUUUUUAAAUCAAAGUUGCUCACUUCGUACAAUGUAGAUAACUCCAUUCCUUUAAUCUUGCAUAUCCUUUGAAGCUCCUUUGUAUAUUUGUCAAAGUUAUAUGGAAUAUCCGAGUUUGUGCAGUAUGAGCAGUAGCGGCCCGGCUGCGCCGCGCCGGCGCCCGCCCGGCGCGCCUCUUGUGUGCAAUUUUAAUAUUUUAUUCUUAACGGUUGUGUUAGUCCCGCGCACACUAAGUAUUCCGAACUAAUGUCAAUGCGAAAAUCCUACAUACAAACAUAAUCACGUCUUCAAAUCGAUUUUCGUUUUAGAACAGGAGUUGUGAAUAUCAGAACAAAAAUAUUUAUAUUUUUAUUGUGGUGCUAUACUGUUUGUAGCACAAAAAUUUAUUUUUUCAUUUAGUCAUAAGUUAAUACUUCGUAUAGUUAAUGUUAAUCAUUUUACAUAUUAUUAUUAUUUACGUCGUCCUGAUUUGACCGAAAUUAGCAGAUCUAUCUAUUAUCAAAACUAACGUAUGAUUAGUUCCACUUAGUGAUAGUUUGAAUAUGUAAAAUUUUGCUAGCAUUAAGUUGAUGUGUUCUAAAACAAAAUAUCUGAAACAGUAUACGAAAAAACGAAAAUUAAAUUGAAAAAUGUUUAAAAUUGCUGUGGAACAUUGAGAUUGUAAAGCGCCGCUGUCGCAACGCCGCGCCACAUUCACGAUACACAGAGUAUACCGAUUGUUUAGAGUUUAUAAAUUAUAAUAAUAAAUAAUACGAAGCACGUAAUAAGUCUGAAGCAGCGGCGUGGACACCAUGUAUACGACGACGAGUUCAAUGUUAUUGCGACCAUCAGAUUGAAUAAAAUACAUUUUUGUGUAGUUAA